AUGGACAUGUGUAUUCGUCCGAUAAAAGGGAAACCAUUAUGUGUAUUGGACAAUCUUGACUGUACAGCACUAGCAAAGCAAAAUUUUAAACAACAAAUAAAUGAUUUUCAGGAACAGAGAGACAUGCGUAACAAAGAUGAUGAUGGAAAUACGGAUGAUGAUGGAAAUACAGACGAUGAUGGAAAUACAGAUGAUGAUGGAAAUACAGAUGAUGAUGGAAAUACAGACGAUGAUGGAAAUACAGAUGAUGAUGGAAAUACAGAUGAUGAUGGAAGUUCAAACGACGAUGAAGAAAAGAAUAGUUUAAAUACUCCUGACCCAGGUCAUGCUGACCCUACGUUGGUGACAGUAGAAGACAUUACAGAAUUUUGCCGUAUAACUCAGGCUGAGAACUCAACCAGACAAAUUUCUAUUUUCAAAUUUGGUCCUGAAACGGGUCUAACACAAGGAUAUCUCGACGUCGACUUGAUCAAUGUUUCCAGAGAUGUCAAAUAUAGAGUCGCAGAAAAGACACAUAUCAAUACGGUUUCACCCUUAAUUGGUGUUAAUUGGCUACCCAGACCAGAAAAUCUUAACAGCCAACUCGCUGAAGCACCUUUUGCUACUGACGGUGACUCUGGUAGCCUUUACUUCAUGUUUUCUAGCAAUGAGUGGUGUUUUGUUCCGAUCGCAAUGCAUGUUGGAAGCCAUAUAGAUGAACGAAGAUCAUACGGCGUUUUACUUAGCGCAGUUUUCAACAGCGCCAACGAGGAUAAGUUAAAUACGGGUAUAACGUGUCCUACUAUGGAUGCUAAAAUAUAA